AUGAACGUAUAUUCAAUUGAAAAAGGUACAAUUGUUUUUCAAGUUUUGUUAAUAUUUUUAUAUCAAUGGACAACUAUCAACUGUCAACUGAAUAUGUAUGCUAGUAAAGAAACAAUAAAAAUUGAUUCUUUACAAUAUGAUUGUUUAAAUUAUCAUAUUUAUUAUGAAAAACCAGCUUAUCAAGAAUUAUUAGAUGUAGUUGAUGAAGUCAUUCCAUAUUGUUUUCGUCCAAAGAACUAUCAUGAACGAUUGUUUGAAAAUUCUAUUGAUCUGUCUUCUCAAAAAUUAAGUUUCGAACAAUUACGUUUAAACAAUAUCACUUCAUUACAACUUCUAUCGUGGUCCGUUUCGAUUGAUAUCGCUGAACGUUAUGAAUUCUAUUUAAGUAUGUCAAAUGCGUCGCUAAAUGAGGAAUUCUAUAAUUGUACCGAACCGUGGUUUGGUUCCCAAUGUCAAUAUUCAUUUGGAUUUAAUGAACAGAUAUCUUUCAAUCAGAUUGUUGAAGCAACGUUUCGUGGAAGAUUAUCAUAUUUCGAAUCAUCCGAUACGAUAAUCAAAGUACCCUGUUAUAUACUUUUAGAAUGUCAUCGUAAUGGACAACCUUGGUGUCUUGAUUGGCGUGAAGUAUGCAAUGGAAUUAUCGAUUGUUUCGAUGAAGGCUCUGACGAAGAAAACUGCUUUGAUAUGGAAAUUAAUAAAUGCGAAGCAAAUGAAUACCGAUGUCAUAAUGGAUUGUGCAUAUCAGGCGCACUUUGGGAAGAUGGUGCCGGUGAUGCCGAUUGUCUUGAUCGAUCAGAUGAAGUAUUAGAUCUCAUGUAUAAAGACUUUUGUUUUCAAGAUCCGACGUUUCAUUGCGAAGAACAUUCGUGUAGACCAGAUGGAGGUACAUUUGCUUGCGGUGAUGGUCAAUGCGUCGAAACAUUUUAUGCAUGUGAGAACGGCCGCCAUUUAUUAUUGAUAGAAUCCAUGACAAGCAAAGGUGAUCUAAAAGAUGAAUGUUGGAUUACUAUGAUCUGUCUUACUAAACUAGUCACAGACGUUAAUGGGAAGUCAUGCGAAAUAUGGUUAAUGAAUAAUUCAAUUGAUGCAAUUCAUGAAGAAUGCAAUUCAUUUUUUCAAUUUCCAACCGUACCAAUUUAUUCUCCUCAUGUUCGUUUAUUCUAUGAAAAAUUUCAUUUGAAUAGAAGUAUAAAUGAAUUCUUUUUUCCUGAUUAUAUUUGCUAUGAUCAACAACUAUGUCAUUAUAUGAAACCAAACUUAAUUCAUGAAAAUUUGACUUGUUUAAAUGUAUCUGAAUUAAAAUUAACAAGAAACUAUACUAUGGGAUCUUGGAUUGAAAUAAUAUUAACAAUCGAACAACAUUUUCGUCCAUGUUUAAUUCCUCAUGUUACUUAUGAAAACAAAACAAAAAAUUCUACAAUUUAUUCAUCAUUAUAUCAAUGUCAAAAUUCAUUGAAAAUUAUUUCUACAAGUCGUAUUAGGGAUAGACAAAUAGACUGUUUUCAAUUCGAUGACGAGACGUAUGAACAUAGUUGUCAACUUAAAGAUAAAUAUCGCGUCAGAUGUCGUGAAACUAAUACAUGUUGGUCUCCUAUUAUGAAAGAAGAAGUUUGUUUAUUGCAUGGCGAAGAUAGAGACGUUUCAUUUGAUCGUUUUUGUAAUGGUGUCCUAGAAUACUAUUAUCGUGAUCAUGAUGAUAUAAAAUAUGAUGAUGAAGAAGGAUGUGAAAUAUGGUUAUGUAAUAAUAUGUAUUCACGUUGUGAUGGUUAUUGGGCAUGUAAAGAUGGACGAGAUGAGCAUAACUGUGGUCACGUUAAAUGCCAUUCAGGAACUCAAGCAUGUGUAGAUCGUAUUAAUUAUACUGUAUUUUGUUUACCUUCGGAACGUGUUAACAAUGGCGAUGUCGAUUGCUUCGGAGCGUCAGACGAACAACAGCAAUGUCGAAGAUCUUAUCCUCCAACUGACGUAUCACCACGCUUUCGCUGUUCAAUUGAUAACGCAUGUUUAUCACCAUCUCAAUUAUGUGAUGGCGAACUAGAUUGUCCAAAAAGUCGUGAAGAUGAAGGAAAAUUUUGUAAUAUCUUUCAAUUUAACUGUAACAAUGAUUUAAUACGUAAUCGAAAUGAAGUUGAACAAGUUCUUUGCGAUCUAAGUGAACAAGACAAUCGUCGAAUUAAAUAUUUUUCUGUUCAAACAUUACCUAGUUAUCCUUCAUUAGAACAAAAUUUUAUUAAUGAAAGUUUUUAUUGGCCACUAGAUCAACCAUCAUUUAUAAAUUUCCCUUCAUUUAUAAUUAAGAACAGUUCAUGGUAUUGUAAUCGUGGACUUAUUAUUUAUCUUCGAAGUGAAAAUGAUAGUUUUAAUGAUGCAUGUAUAUGUCCACCUAGUUACUAUGGUCAUUUAUGCCAAUAUCAAAAUCAACGAGUUAGUUUAACAUUACAAUUGAGUUCAAUCGAUAGACAUACUACUUAUGCUAUUGUUAUUAUGUUAAUUAAUGAGAUCGAUCAACGACAAGAUAUUCAUUCUUAUGAUCAAUUUGUCUAUAUAACAAAGCAAAGUUGUAGUAUAAAAUUAAAUCGAUAUUUAUUAUUUCCAGAACGUCCAAAAAAUAUCUCUCAUAGUUAUAGUCUACGUAUCGAUGCAUUUGAAAAAACUCAAAUAACAUACGUUGGAAGUUGGUAUUUUCCUAUUCAUUUUCUUUUCUUACCUAUCAAUCGAAUGGCUAUUUCAUUAAUUCUAUCAAAUCAGACAGUGGAUAAUUCAUCCAAUUGUUUGAUGACAUGCGUGAAUGGCAGAUGUAUAAAAUAUUCAAAUAAAAAUAAAUAUUUUUGUCGAUGUUAUUCGAAAUGGGCAGGUAUUCAUUGUAAUAUAUCAAUCAAUCAUCAAAUAUGUUCAAUUGAUUCAUUUCAUUUGGGAAUUACAUAUAAUCAAUCAAUAUGUGUAUGUCCAUUAAAUAAAUUUGGUUCACGAUGUUUAUUUGCAUCAACAUGUCCAAUUGCUGCUUGUAAAAAUAAUGGUAAAUGUGUACCAGCUGAUGUAACCGUAUCUAAUAGUCAUUAUACAUGUAUUUGUCCUGAUCGAUAUUUUGGUUUUCAUUGUCAAGAUUUAAAAGCAAGACUUAAUGUUUCUUUAAUUGGUAUUGAUAUUCCAGCUUAUGUCGUAGGUUAUUUCUUCACACUUUCAAAUCAAUCAAAUCCAAUUACUACAAUUAAACUACAAAAAUUAACACUCUUUCAACAUAGUGUUACUUUUUAUAUUUCAAUGGUAUAUCAUAUGGUUAUUGUUCAAGUUAAUAAUAAAUUUUAUCUUGCUGUUAUUCAACAAUUACCACAAAUCGAUCUUUCAACAUCAAUUCGUUCGUCACAAGAAUGCGUUCCUGUUGAACGAUUAUUAAAUUCGACCAUAUUAAAAAUGACUCAAUAUCGACGAAUCGCAUUUUUUCAUAAACUUUGUCAUAUACGUCAUGAUCUAACUUGUUUUAUUGAUGAAGCUUAUUUAUGUUUAUGUACGAAUGAACAUCAUGCUAAUUGUAUUGAAUUUAAACGUGAUAGAAACUUUCAAUGUACAUUAAAAAAAUAUUGUGCAAAUGAAGCAAAAUGUGUACAAGAUCAUCCAACUUGUCCAUCAACAAGAAUAUGUAUAUGUCCUGAAUGUUUUUUCGGGAAUGAAUGUCAAUUUUAUGCAAAACCUCUUGGUUCGACAUUAGAUGAAAUUUUAGGUUAUGAAUUUAGACGUAAUAUUAUAUUAUCUAAACAACCUAUUACAGUUAAAGUGAGUGCUAUUAUUACAAUGAUUAUAUUUCUUGUAGGGCUCAUUAACUGUAUUUUGUCAAUAAUAAUUUUUCAAAGAAAAAAAUCUCGACAAGUUGGUUGUGGAAUUUAUCUUUUUACUGCAUCAAUUACUUCAUUAAUAAUUAUGAUAUUAUUUACAUUGAAGUUUUGGUUACUUUAUCUCUCUUAUCAAUGGAUUUUAGAACAACGUGGUUUACAAACUAUUCUUUUUUUAAAUUGCCGAAUCGUUGAACCACUUCUAAAAAUAAUAUUAUAUAUAGAUAAAUGGCUUCAGACUUGCGUAGCUAUAGAAAGAAUAAUUUCUGUGCGACAUGGAAUUAAUUUUGAUAAACGGAAAAGCGUAAAAAUUGCUAAAUAUGUUAUUACAAUAGUAAUUUUGAUCAAUUUUGCUGUUUAUAUUCCACAAACACUUAAACUUCAUGUUUUUACUGAUAAAACUGAAGAAAGAAACUGGUGUGUCGUCAAUUAUUCAUCAUUUCUACAAAUAUAUAGUUUUACAUUAAUUAUGUUUCAUUAUAUAGGUCCAUUAAUAAUUAAUUUUAUUUCAGCUAUUACUAUUAUUAUCAUAACUACUCGUCAACGAACAGCUUGCCAACAAAAUCGUACUUUCAAAGAACAUCUUAUAGCUAAAAUUCGACAAUAUAAACAUCUUUUGAUUAGUCCUGUGAUUAUUGUAAUUUUGACAUUACCAUAUUUAAUCGUUUCAUUUAUUUUAAAAUGUGAUAAAUCAACUCAUCUAUUUUGGUUUUAUCUGACUGGUUAUUUUCUUUCAUUCAUACCAUCAACAUUAAUAUUUCUAAUUUUUGUUCUACCAUCACCAGUUUAUAACGAAGAAUUUAAACAAGUAAUAUUAUAUAUUCGUCGACGAUUUCAUAUUUUUCCCAUAAAUAAUUCUACAUAA